AUGUUACAAAUUGAAAGCCUUUUAAUCAUCUUAUACCGAAAGGCUAAAGUAAGUCAAGAUAUCAAGAUCUCUUGUCAUAAUAGUGUAAUCAAAGGUAGCGGGGCGAAAUCCAAUGAUGGACAUCCUUGGAGAAAUUGGAAAAUUACACUCGUGGCAAUGGAAGGCGAAAAAGAAAUCAAGGGCAAAUUAUCGAUAAUUUUAGAUCAUGUUUGCUACAUUCUUCAUCCGACGUUUGAAGAACCACGAAGAGACAACCUCACCGACCCAAAAGUGCUGACGUUUGAUUUAAACUUUGCACAAGGAAAUUACUCCAAAACCCACAAGAUUGAAUUCCCUAAUGCAUCGCCUGAGCUCAUCAAGUUAUUAGCAAGGGAUCCGUCUGUAAACACCAGCUCCUCGCGUAAAGGAGGGUCGUCGAUAUCCUCCAGUAAAAGCAAGAGCAAAAGUAGCACCGACAACAAUAUUAAUGAUACGAAUAGUAGUACGAGUAGCUCGAGUAGCAGUAAUAGCAGGCAGACUGCAAAAAAGAAACCGGCGAGUAGUAGCAGUAGUAGUAGCAACACACCGCAUGCUAAAACCGCCAAAAAAGCAAAACCCGAAAAUAUGCCCAAACCCGAUCCAGCAAAAAGCAAACCAGAAAAGUACCCAAAGAAAACAUCCUAUUCACCCACAUCACUUCCUCGAUCCCCUAUACUCAACGACUUGUCAUCAGCACCUAAUUCUUCUCCUGCACAUUCACAAAUUACGAGCACGGCUACACCUGAUUCUAUUGACGAAAAGAUCGUGUCGCCAUCCACAAAUACCACAGUUCCUGACAACGACAAUGCAGAUCAUGUGUAUAGCAUGAGCGACGUGUACAACUUAGACUCAAUUCAUCGGGCGAAAUUGGACGACGAGACAAGGGAAAGAUGGGCUAUUCCCGAGAGGAUUUAUAGAAUGACACCAGAUCAAUACGAAGAGAUUCAACAGAUCAUAGCCGAUAACCAGACAAAAGACAUGCGAUUUAUGGCAGAAGAAGAUGGGGGCGUUGGCGUGGAUUUAUAUUCAUUAGGACCAUCUCUGUUAGAGAAAUUAUGGGAUUAUUCUGCAGAUAUGGCUUCCGACGACAACCAAUCGUUCACAUCACAAGACCCCCACGCAAGUGAUUUGGAAUUAGACAGUGAUAUGGAACAAGGUGAAUACAAUAGCGAUGAUGAUGAUGACAACGGAGGAAAUAGAGUUUUAUACGAGGACCAUCAAAUAACAGACGAUGGUGAAAUAGAAGACAGUGAUUCAGAAAAAGAGGAGGGUGAAGAAAGUGAUUAUAACCGAUAUGGAUCCGGUGCCUAUGAACCAACGGGUUAUCGCGAAAUAGGCGAGUUUCAUUAUACUCCAGAUCACAACAUCAUCGCUCAAAGCUCCUCCAGUGCUGAUGAGCCAGGCUUUCGUUUCAGUGAGAGUGAGAGUAUCAAUGGAGAACACGGUAACCAUGUCAACACGAACCAUAUGGCGAAUGGUUAUGCGAAUCACCAUUUAACAAAUGGAGGAUAUCAUGAUACUUCGGACAUGGAUAUACAGGACGACGACGAUUAUUGA